AUGAGGUUUCAAGGGACAUUUGCUUUUGUCGUGUGUUGGGUAGCAUUGCUGGCGGUCGCUGUGGCGGCCGUGGAUCGCAGUCUCGACGAGAGGCACAAAGACUUCAACUUUCGACCGGAACCUUCCGACCAAGAUCUUCAAGCCAAACGAGAUGCCCUUCAAGCCAAACGGGAAGCUCAAAAGAAGGCCAAACAGAACCGUGGAAAUGACAUCUAUCAUCCCAGCAUUAACGAUAUUCAAGAUCCAGAACUAAGGGGUAUCCUCGUGCAACGACGCGAAGAAAAGCUCAAGAGACUUCAGAGAAAGGAAACACACAAGCUAAUCAAUGAGUUUGUUGCCGCGUCGCGCAUGGAUAUGGCUGAGAAAGAAGACACAGUAGAAGAAAAGAAGAGCAAUGGCGAAGAGGAAGACAGUCACCGAAAUCUCUUGAUCCGUCCUGUUCAUGUUCAUUGA